CAUGUUACCUUAGCUUCUCCGUAAAUCAAAAUUUACAUCAAUUCUUUAUCAUACAACAUACAAGUGUUACUAAUACACUCAACAUAAAUAAUAUUUUUUUUGUAGAACACAAAGCAAAUUAAAUCUACUUUUCUUUUUACUUUUUUCUCUUUUUCUUUUAAAAACCCCUCCUUGAAGAAUGGACAUUAUUUUGUUUAUAUGAUACUCCAAGAUUGAUUGAUUGUAUUUUAAGAAACUUGGCAUAAUAAUUCACAUUUAUAUGACCCUUUUACCUUUGCAAUUCUGUUUUGGCUUUUUUUGUUUGUAUUGUUACAGAAUUGUGUUUUAGAAAAGGUGUUUAAUAAAUAAACAUUUAGAUUAAAUAUGUGAUCUAUGCCCAUGAAUAAGCUUGGUUGUUAUGGGAUUGUUGGAUUCACUGUUGGGAGAUGGACGAAAAUUUAUCAAAAGAAAAGACAGUGAUGCAGGAGAAACAGGUAAAGCACUGGAAGAACUAAGAUCUUCUCUCUACAAUGAGCUCCGAACCUCGGAAGGAGCCAAGCGCCAACAACAAAGAUAUUGCGGACCAGUGGUCGCAUUAUCCUUCAACUUCAUGGUUGCUGUUGGGAUCAUCAUGGCAAACAAAUUGGUGAUGGGAAGAGUUGGCUUCAACUUUCCAAUUUUCCUCACAUUUGUUCACUACAUCACUGCAUGGAUUCUCCUUGCAAUUUUCAAGGCACUUUCGGUGCUUCCUGUGUCUCCUCCAUCUAAAACAACUCCAUUCUCUUCUAUAUUUGCUCUUGGUGCUGUUAUGGCUUUUGCAUCUGGUCUUGCAAACACCAGCCUCAAGUAUAACAGUGUUGGUUUCUACCAAAUGGCUAAGAUUGCUGUUACUCCAACAAUUGUUCUGGCAGAGUUCAUACUUUUUAGAAAAACUAUUUCUUCAAAAAAGGUUUUGGCUUUGGCUGCUGUAUCAGCUGGUGUAGCAGUUGCAACUGUGUCAGAUUUAGAGUUCAAUUUAUUUGGUGCUAUAGUAGCAGUUAUAUGGAUAAUUCCAAGUGCCAUAAAUAAAAUUUUAUGGUCUAAUUUACAGCAGCAAGGAAACUGGACAGCUUUGGCAUUGAUGUGGAAGACUACACCGAUCACAGUUUUCUUUCUCGGAGCUUUGAUGCCUUGGAUUGAUCCACCAGGAGUCCUAUCAUUCAAGUGGGAUGUAAACAACUCAUCUGCAAUUAUGAUAUCUGCUCUCCUCGGUUUUCUCUUACAGUGGUCAGGUGCCUUGGCAUUGGGGGCAACUUCUGCUACAACUCAUGUUGUUUUAGGACAGUUUAAGACCUGUGUUAUUCUAUUGGGAGGCUAUCUUUUAUUCGAUUCAGAUCCCGGGAUUGUGAGCAUUGGCGGAGCGGUUGUUGCUCUUACUGGAAUGUCGGUUUACACAACAUUUAACUUGCAAGAGUCUCAAGAAAAUACAAGCAAGCAGCUUCCAAAGCAUAGUUUGCCUUCAACACAGCAAAAACCAGCUAGUGAGGACAACAAAGAUUUUAGUGUAAAUAUUACCAACAAUAACAUUGUUGUCUGAGUCAUAUAACCUAUGCAUCACUGACAUGAGUGAAUUCUACAACUAAAUUCUUCAAACACUGUUAAGCAAUUCAGGUUCAAUUCCAUUUUGCAGCAAGGUUUUUUAAA